AUGGCGUGCCAUGGAUUUCUAGGUACACCGACCAAGAGAUCUCAUGGACGUCAUAUUCAUGGAGGGAGAAGAAACCAGCAUCAACGUCACCGAUCCAGAUGUUCACCAGCAGCAGCUGGCUCCAUCUUCGCAUCCCUCAACAUGUCUAUCUUUACAUUCCACAACCGCCUCUUUCGCUGCGUCUCCAGGCUUUUCCGUCUGGCUAGCUCAGCUCCUAGCCGUAGAGCCGCCACCACUAAACACGGCUACAAAAAGCUCGAGAAACACAAGCAUCAUCAUGGAAAACGUAACGACAAGAAAAGAACCAUCGUUCUUGAUCUCGAUGAAACAUUGGUGCACUCAUCUAUGGACCCACCGGUCAGAGCUCACGUAGAUUUCAUGGUGAGGCUAAAGAUCCAAGGAGUGGUUAUACCCAUGUUUGUAGUGAAACGACCAGGAGUCACCGAGUUUCUCGACAGGAUCGGUAAGAACUACCGAGUGGCGGUUUUCACAGCCGGUCUGCCUGAGUACGCUUCUCAGGUUUUGGAUAAACUAGACAAGAACCGUGUCAUCUCACAGAGGCUGUACAGAGAUUCGUGCACAGACAUAAACGGGAGAUACGCCAAAGACUUGUCUCUGGUUGCGAAGACAGACUUUGGGAGUGUUUUGCUGGUUGAUGAUAACCCUUUCUCCUACUCGUUGCAGCAGGACAAUGGAGUUCACAUUAAGCCUUUUGUGGAUGACAUGGAAGAUCAAGAACUGAUGAAACUUGCAGAGUUCUUUGAUGGAUGUUAUCAGUACGAAGACUUAAGGGAUGCAGCAUCAGAAUUUCUAUAUAACAAAGUGAUUUGAUGCACAUUUAUAUAUUAAUGGCUUUUCAAUGCAGACUCUGUUUUCAGUUUUGUUUUGUUUUUUUUUGUUGAUUUUCUUUGGUUAUCGGUAUUUUUGCGUUGACAAAGGAUGAUUUCUUCCUUUUUCAACGUUGUUACCUCUAUAAUAUGUGACUGAAAAAAUGUAUUAGAUAACCAAGAAAAUUGGUAAUGAAAAAAA